GAGCGUCGCUGUACUACUUCCGCGUUUGGCUGCUGCUUGGCCUCCCUGGAUGUGUGAUGUCCCCUGAUUCCUAGGAACAGGUGGUCAGCGGGUGCUGGGGAGAGAGUAGGCGGCAACGGGCGCUGGAGAGAGGAGCUGCCCACGGUCCUGGUGCUUAUUGUCCCUGCGAGCUCUGUGCAGGGUGACUGAGGAGAGGGAGCCACCGCAGCUGCCUGGGCUGGUGCAUACCUGCCUGAUACAGACAUUGCCAGUACUGACUGCAGCUGCACACCUGAAGAAAUGGCUUUCCGAAAUGUAAUUAAAGGGACCCUUAUCCUCGGAAGUGGUGCUGUGGCAACGGUAUUUGGCCUCUCUCAUUUGACUGACACUAAGAAAAAGGGAAACCUGACACACGUGGAAGCGGCAGAGGCAGUGAGACAAGCCAGUCAGUAUGAGCUGCCAUCCAGAGAGGCCCAGCUCCUGACUCUGGAAAACACUAAGGAGUUUGAUGUGCUGGUCAUUGGUGGAGGAGCAACUGGUUGUGGAUGUGCCUUGGACGCUGUCACCAGAGGACUUAAAACUGCUCUUGUGGAAAAAGAUGAUUUUUCCUCUGGCACCAGCAGUAGAAGCACCAAACUGAUCCACGGAGGUGUGAGGUACCUACAAAAAGCCAUCAUGAAGUUGGAUGUGGAGCAGUAUAAACUGGUGAAAGAAGCUCUUCACGAACGUGCCAAUCUAUUGGAGAUUGCUCCGCAUUUAUCUGCACCUUUGCCUAUUAUGCUGCCAGUUUACAAGUGGUGGCAGUUGCCUUACUAUUGGGUCGGCAUAAAGGCUUACGAUCUUGUUGCUGGCAGUCAGUGCCUAAAAAGCAGUUAUGUCCUGAGCAAGUCCAAAGCCUUAGAAUUGUUCCCGAUGCUGCAGAAAGACAGACUUGUGGGGGCAAUUGUCUAUUAUGAUGGACAGCACAACGAUGCUCGAAUGAACCUUGCCAUCGCUCUCACUGCUGCCAGGUAUGGUGCUGCCACAGCCAAUUACACUGAAGUGGUGGGCUUGCUGAAGAAGACAGAUCCGGAGAGCGGCAGAGAGCGCGUCUGUGGCGCACGUUGCAGGGACGUUCUAACAGGCCAAACAUUUAACGUCCGAGCCAAAUGUGUCAUCAAUGCAACAGGACCAUUCACAGACUCUCUUCGCAAAAUGGAUAAUCAGGAGACCAGCAACAUCUGCCAGCCCAGCGCCGGAGUGCAUAUUGUGAUGCCCGGAUACUACAGCCCAGAUAAUAUGGGAUUGCUCGACCCAGCAACCAGUGAUGGCAGAGUGAUCUUUUUCUUGCCAUGGGAGAAGAUGACCAUUGCUGGGACGACUGACACUCCAACAGAGGUCACGCACCACCCCAUUCCCACAGAGGAAGACAUCAACUUCAUCUUAACGGAAGUGCGCAACUACCUUAGCACCGAUGUGGAAGUUCGCAGAGGUGACGUACUCGCAGCUUGGAGUGGCAUCCGUCCAUUGGUCACAAAUCCCAAUUCCAGAGACACUCAAUCCAUAUCUCGCAAUCACGUUGUUGAUGUUGGCGAGAGUGGUCUUGUCACAAUAGCAGGGGGAAAAUGGACGACGUACCGCUCAAUGGCGGAGGACACUUUGGAUGCAGCGGUUAAAGCACAUAAUCUGAAAGCUGGUUCAUGCAAAACUGUGGGACUCUUUCUUGAGGGGGGAAAAGACUGGACUCCUACACUUUACAUCCGUCUUGUUCAGGAUUAUGGUCUAGAAAGUGAGGUUGCCCAGCAUCUGGCUGCCACCUACGGUGACCAGGCCUUCGAGGUGGCGAAACUGGCUAAAGUUACAGGAAAGAGGUGGCCAAUUGUGGGGAAAAGACUGGUCUCGGAAUUUCCUUACAUUGAAGCAGAGGUGAAAUAUGCAUUGAGAGAAUAUGCUUGCACAGCUGUUGAUGUCAUCUCGCGACGUACUCGCCUCGCUUUCCUGAAUGUCCAGGCUGCUGAGGAAGCUUUGCCACGAAUUGUAGACAUUAUGGGAAAAGAAUUACACUGGAAAGAACAAAGAAAAAAGGAAGAAUUGGAAGCUGCAAAGAAGUUUCUGUAUUAUGAAAUGGGAUACAAAGCUCGAUCUGAACAACUAACCGAUCGAUCCGAAAUUAAUCUGUCACCUUCUGAUGUGGAUAGGUAUAAAAAGAGAUUUCACAAGUUUGAUAAGGACAAGAAGGGUUUUAUUACCAUUUUGGAUGUUCAACGUGUAUUAGAGAAUAUAAAUGUUCAGAUGGACCCAAAUAACCUUCAUGAAAUCCUUAAUGAAGUUGAUUUAAAUAAGAAUGGGCAAGUUGAGCUCAACGAAUUUCUACAGUUAAUGAGUGCGAUCCAGAAAGGUUUUGUAUCAAGCAGCCGGCUGGCCAUGCUGAUGAAAAGCGUAGAAGAGAACCUGGAUCAGAGAGAACCCAUUCCGGUGGACCGCAGUGGGGGUGGAGUGUGAGUCUUACAGCAAGUGGAGGCACGUUGCUGCUGCUCUGUGUUGGACAACAUUCCAAAGCUUCUUUGGCUGCAUAUGCUGAAAAUUUGGCACUCAGUGUGAACUUGAUAUUGAUAUUUUUUAAGCAAGCGGGUUAUUCUCUUAAUAGAUUAAAGCUCCAAUACAUGAUUUGGUGGAUUCUAUGCACCAUGAACGGUAUACAUACUGUUCUAAAAUAUUACAGGCCCCACAUCGGUCUAGGGGAUUUAACGCUUACUACUGAAGCCUUCGCUUUCAUUGUCUAUAAUAUUAAUUUAUAUCAUUCAAAUUAUUUGAUUGAUUUAAAGCAUUUUAAGGGAAAUGUAAAGAAAUACAAAAUAACAGAUCUACAGUAUGUUCUAAGUAAAGUUAUAUUGUAGACCUUAAACAGUCUUUGUAUUUAUACUUAGUAUCUAGCCUCUACACUGGGGAGACAGGACGCUUUUAGGUUGUACCAAUAACUGUGAACAUGGGGUCUAUUAAUUCAUACUUCAGUGAUGGGAUUGUUUCUGAUAUACCGAUAAGCUGUUCCCCAUGAAUAUUGGUUCAGCCCACAAAAUGUCUUCCUUCCCUGUGUAGUUCUGUGAGCCUAAAAAUUCCUUUAAGAUAAAAGUAAAUGUAAUAGCUGUCCAAAGGGUGUACCAGCAGAAGGGGAGAAAGCAAACCAUUCUUGUUUGGCGUCACUAGUAAAAGGACACACGUCAUAAUUGAUACAGUUUUAAAAGAAAUUGUAUAUGCAAGUUCAAUGAUUAAUAAUAUAUGUUAUUUGAGAUGAGGUUCUUAAAGUGGUUGUUUACUUUUUUCCUAUGCAGAACUUACGUCCUGACUUUGUUGUCAUUAAAGGGCACAGGCAGGGACCCCUCUCUGAUAAUGGCUGUCAACAGAGAUCAUUACCUUGUCUUGUACUUCAGUGGAGAAACAUACUAGGCUUGUGACUCCAGAUAUUGUAAUGAACCCAGUUUAAGAAGCAUCCACAUAGUGUUCUUGGCCACUGUAGACCAUUAGAUUUUGAUACAUCGGCACAUGUGCUGCGUUUUAUUGUCCAUUGCGUUUGGGCAUAUGCACCUGUAUACACACACAGCAGACUGGCAGACACAAAACAAUAUGUUUUGGGUUUCCACCUGUUUCCUUUUUGUAAGUUAAUCUUUGUGACAUUAAUUAGAUAAUGUUACGUUUGUCCAGGUUCUACUGGAUAACCAUAAAUACUAUAUGUUGGAUACAUAGGGUGACUUCCACCCUAGGACACAAAUAGAAAUCUUCAGUUUUGCUAAGUAACUUCUUAGUAUUAUUUAGCAUGUUAGCCUCUGUACCUAGUUUCACCUAGAGUUAAAGCUGACAUUUCUGAUGUUAUCCAGAUCUGAUAAAGUCACCUUUUCCUUAUUGUUAUCUUCUGAUGUUCAAUACCAUUUAAUCUCAGUGAAAGAAAAGAUUAGCCAUUAUGAGCCUAUGCUGAUACAGUGUUGCAAGUUUCACAUCUAGGAAGCAGAGCUUAAAUAUAUGAAUGUUUAAGUAAUCUUCCUUUAAUACCCCACAUUGGACACUUCUGUCUCUCCACCACUGUCUCCCUGCUGUACAUUAAAGACUCUGCACUCCUUACUGGUCUAUAUAUCACCAUAUAGCAGGGGGUCGAUUGGAGAAAUGCUGCAUUGCCCAGGAGAACAAUUUGCACACUAGUCAUUGUAUGUAGAAGAAACAUAUUCGGAAAUAUGGCAAAAGGAUUUUUUGUUUGCUAAUGAAACCACACAAAAUGCCUGGUAUGUCAUUGACAUUCUCUGUAAGAGAAGUGUCCGGUCAGUACUAUGUGCAUCUGUUUACUGAACAGAGUAGACGUAAGUUCCCGAAUUGUUAAGUAUGUUGAAAGCUUGUCACAUGUCUAAUAAUAUUUAUUUAAAAAAAAAUAUACGCACAAUUAUUAUUUAGUAUGCACAAAAUGUUAAUUUUGUUAGCUGCUGAUAAAUGCACAAAAUGCUGCAGUGUUCAGUAUUUGGUAGGAACCGGUGGUGCCUCCUGGUGGCAUGCUUAUAUACUGUAUUUAGGAUAUCUAAUUCUGGCAAGUUGGCUAAAGACGUUUGUGCCUUUUAAUUAAUUAUCCCAUUGAAUAAAGGGGAUAUCUAUCCUGCUGUAACUAUAUGUUAAGAUUGCAUCAUCUGGCACAUAAUAUUUUUUCCCUUUUGUUUUAUCAUUUUUGUUUCAAUAGUGUACCCUUACACAACACAAAUGUUUCGGUAUAGGUUGGUGCUGCCAUGAGAAGUUUGGAUCUCCUCGGCAGGAUGAAACAGAUGUCACAGUUCAUUUUGGUCUACCUUAGUCUUAUAAAUAAGUUCUAUAACCAAGGAGGGAUGCGGUCAAGAUGCCGCUGGCCGGAAUCCCGGCGGCAGAAAUCCCGACGCCGGAAUCCCGACCGCCACAAUCCCGACAUAUUCUCCCUCCGUGGGUGUCCACGACACCCAUAGAGGGAGAAUGUAAUAGUGUGCCGAGCGUAGCGAGGCACCGUGCCCGCAGCGUGGCGUGCGAAGCGAGCCCGCAAGGGACUGCGUUCCGCUCGCCACCCCUAUCGGGAUUGUGUGGUCGGGAUUCCGGCGUCGGUAUUUUGACCGCCGAGAUUCCGGCCGGCGGCAUUUAGUGCUGAUCCCACCAAGGAAGUAGGAUUAAAGAUAAGCACAGGUGUCAUGUUGUUGAGUUUAGAGCAUUUGAGCCACAUACAGUGGAAAGAAAGGUGAUUCCCCCAGCAGUGUUAUUGCCAUGAGCUUAUUCAUCCUCUUUGCCUUCCUCUGGCUAACUCAGGAGGUAUACAGAAGAUGCAUCCUUUGGGACAGGUCCAGAAAGGGGAGAUAGUUGCAUAAGAAAGAUGUUGGUAAUUCAAGAACAAAUUAGUAAUUAUUUAAAAAAAAUAGUUUGACUUAUUUUAUAAAAAAAAAUGUUUUACUAAAGGGGAUUAUAUCAUAUGAUAACUUUUAAAGGUAGAACUGUUACUCUACCCACUAUUGGGGGUCAUUCCGAGUUAUUCGCUCGCAAGCUGCUUUUAGCAGCUUUGCACACGCUAAGCCGCCGCCUACUGGGAGUGUAUCUUAGCUUAUCAAAAUUGCGAACGAAAGAUUAGCAGAAUUGCGAAUAGACACUUCUUAGCAGUUUCUGAGUAGCUCCACACUUACUCGGCAUCUGCGAUCAGUUCAGUGCUUGUCGUUCCUGGUUUGACGUCACAAACACACCCAGCGUUCGCCUAGACACUCCUCCGUUUCUCCAGCCACUCCCGCGUUUUUCCCAGAAACGGUAGCGUUUUUUCACACACACCCAUAAAACGGCCAGUUUCCGCCCAGAAACACCCACUUCCUGUCAAUCACAUUACGAUCACCAGAACGAAGAAAAAACCUUGUAAUGCCGUGAGUAAAAUACCUAACUGCAUAGCAAAUUUACUUGGCGCAGUCGCACUGCGGACAUUGCGCAUGCGCAUUAGCGACUAAUCACUCCGUUGCGAGAAAAAAAUAACGAGCGAACAACUCGGAAUGACCCCCAUUGUUAUUUAAACUUAUUUCCACCCAAAAUUAAAAUCCCUUUUUUGGCUGGAACUCUAAAGUAUACUUGGUCAGCUAAAAUGUCUUACUUAGACUUGGGUGUUCUGUUUGGUGUGGUGGGUCUCAUUCAGUACUCUGCUCGAUUCUUACCAAGACAGGCUUUUUAAGACAGGUAAUGUUUUAUCAGUGGCUGUGAGGGGAACAUUGCUGUAGGAUGUCCACCAGCCCUAAGAUAAGUGGUAUACUGUAAUAAGGUGAGUCAAGUCAAACUAUAGCUCAGAAAACCAUUGUGUUUAUUUACUACAAAACACCAUUACCUGCACAGCCAACUUGUUCUCCUUUGAGGGAAUAAAUUAGGUUGGGGUCAGGUGACCGCCGGCCAGCAUACCGACGCUUGGAUUCCGGCAGGGGGGCAAGCGCAACGAAUCCCCUUGGAGGCUCACUACGCUGUGGGCUCGCCACAGGUUCUAUUCCCACUCUAUGGGUGUCAUGGACACCCAUGAGUGGGAAUAGCCCUGGGUCCCCUGCCAGCAUCCUGGCGGCCGGGAUCCCGGUGUCUGUAUGCUGACCGCUUUGAUCCCGACUGCCGCUCACCUGACUACAUCCCAAUAAAUUAGCGAUCAGAAUUAGUAAGUCUUAAAGUAGUGAAUGCGUUAUUGCUAGUAUUGCCUAUGUCACUGAACAACAGAAGACAGAUAGAACAGAUAGAUAUGGGGAUGAUUAUUACUACAUGUUGUAAAGGAAGCACAUUGGAGCCUAUUAAACAUUUUGAUUCUGUAUUUUAGGAAGUGAUCAGCCUUUAAUAUCGGGUGUUUUCACUACUGUUUGCCAAAUAUCAUGCUUUUAGUCUUUGUUAAUGCGCAAGCUUUGCUUUGGUUAAGCAUGCUGAAUGCAGAAUCCUACGUUUUGAUUGUCACAUACUGUGAUUUUGGGAAUGUAUUGCUGCUCUGUGUUAAAAAAAAAAUAUUUGAUUAUAGUUUUUAAUAUAUAUAUGUGUGUGUGUGUGUAUGUAUGUGUAUAUAUAUAUAUAUAUAUUGAAUGGGAAACUAUAUUUUCUUUGAAGCUACUGUAAGAUGUAACUGCUAUGAAUACUGGGGAACAAAACCUAGAUAUUGUAAGUUGCUUUUUUAUAUUUUUAAAUAGCUAAAGCCUUUGUAUGUCACUUUAUGAAGCUAAUGAUGGGCAUACAUGAUGGUCAGAUAAAAUGCCUGUCAGACAUUUAUCUGUAAACCAGACACCCAGCAGAUAUCUCACAGUUAUGGCCACACAAUAUCUGCAUUCCUCCCAUAGGGAGGAGACAUUUACCCGUUCCUCCCCAGUAAUGGAACAGGGAAAAUGCCCAUUAGUCAGCUCUGGCAGUGCAUACACUCGCCGAUGUGACCAAUUUGCAACUUAAAAUAUAUUGCAUCGAAUGGAUAUGCUGGACCAUACAGCAACUCAGACGAUCUAUAUUUUCAGAUCUGUGAAGCACAUAUAAAGUACAAUUAAUAACUGUAUAUUGUAUGCCCAGCAUUAGUUAAUAAAACACUCCCAACAUAUUACAUUAUAGUACAAAUGCAUGUGUAUUCUUUUAGAUAACUUUGCAGGGUUUUUAUAGGUUACUUUUCUUGUAUUUAAAAAAAUGCACUGAUUUAUAUUCUAUGCCAACUCAUUUGAAAUGAAUGUUAAAAAACAUAUAUAUUGUAUGCUCUCUAAUGGUGUGUGGUGUGCACUGUAUCUCUGUGGUAUAUUAUAUUACACUGUGUUUGUUUUUAUUUUGUUGCCUUUUUUCUUGUGGUUGUAUGGUGGGCAUUUAUCACAUCAUGUCAAAACACUCCUGAACUGAAGUAUGCCAGUUACCUACACAGUGAAAGCGACCAUUUUGUAGGUUGACCCUUUAUUCAAAACAGUACAGCCUAUUAACUUGUUGCUAACCAGUGACAUUAGAUGGCUGAAAAAAUAUUUACUCGAAAACAACCUAUCCGUUCACUAGGAACCACAUCACUGAGGCAUAAGACAUUAAAUAGGAUGGAACAAUGUUCUCAUGCUUCAUUAAGGUCACCGAACUAAUAGACUGCAUUCUUAUGAAUAUAGUCCACAAAAUGGCUGCCUCCUCUCUGUAUAAAUAAAAGAAGGACUUAGUUGUUCAAUAUACUGGGAUCUGGAAAGAUCCAUACAGGCAUUAUCUCUAGAACCAGUGUCCUUCCAAGUCUCCAAAAGAUAAAGCACUGUUAUUCACGAACGACCUCUGCAAACAAAUCUAGCAUAUUAAAUUGCAAUUUGUUAUAAUUUAUUAACUUUGAUAUAAUAAAAAUAUGUACUCAUUUACUUCUGUAAGAGCAUGUACUAUAUGUGCAUUUUUUGGCGAAUUAUCAUGAAUCAAUAAAUACAUUGAACAGUGAA